GAAGCAUGCUACCUGGGUACCCGGUAGUAAUGUUACACCCGAGUUACAAUCUAUAUUUAGAUAUAAUUGUGUUUUAUACUGGCUUGAGGUUGAAAUAUAUGACAAAUCUCAUGGAUGGUAGACAAAAUGUUCAGUGACUUUCAUGCAACGAUUGUGAUGACAUCGUUGUAUUCAAACUGAUACAGUAUCGAUUGAGUAGUUCAAGAACAACAGUUUUAUAGGUAUAAAGCUUUAUCCAGAAUGCAUCUUAAGUUGGCAUACAUUUUGGCGUUUUAUUUUGCCAUUAUUCCUGGACAAACAAAAUAUUGUUGCUAUCCUGUAACAUGGGAAUCUGUUAACUUUGAAAGAGAUGGAUUAGUUGGGCCAGGAUCAAAGACAGCAGUCAUUAAUGAGAUAACAGAAAAGUUGUCAGUUGAUGGAGUUAAUCAAAGAAUCGCUUCAUUUUCGAUAGUAAAUACUGGGGGGUACCAGAUCAAAGUACAGAUUCUACAGCUAUAUAACAAGAACAUCAUGUAUAUAGCUGAGGGCGGUACAUGUAAGACAUACAAACUACCACCAUGGAAUCCAAUCUGUGUCCCAGAUAGUGCUACUCUAGCAAAGAAGACCUAUUACGGAUUUAAGGACAAAGUUGACGUGGAUAUAUACGCCGUAGUUUCAGGCCCGAAAACAAGCUACUUGACAAUGACACGUGCAGACUGUGUCCCCGUUUAUCAAGCAUCUUAUGGACAAUCACAAGCUGGAUCUGAGUUGAGUUUUAAGACAUUCAGUGACAUAACUCUUGGAAUAAAAGACCAGUCAGUCUUCGAUAUUCCAUCAAGCUGCACCAACAUCACGAGUAUUCCGACGAUAAUGGCGAAAAAGCAUGGGUUGUACUGGUCAAUCGGGUGACGCGAGGAUGUGAGGGGAUACAAGAAUGUGUGCAUUCUAUAGGCUUAAAUAAUUAAAAAUAGACAAUUUACAUAUACAUUAACAGUUUAUUUUACUUUUUAAAACGUAAUAAAAACUUGAUAUCUGAUAUUUAUGACUACAAUAACAAUUAAUUAUCACUGUACAGUAGUGUUAGCUUUAUGUAUAAACAUAUAGCUGAGAUUAUGAUAAAUAUCACUUUCAGUUCA